AUGGGCGGGGCCGAGGCGCCUCUCAUUUCCCCUCCAUGCUUAGCGGGGCAGCAGGGCUGGAGAGACCUCCGGGGAGCACAGUCGCCAGUCCAGCACGGAGACCCGCCUGGCCAAAAAACCGCGCCUCACACUUGCCAGGAUUGCCAAAUAUUCCUGAAAAAUAUACCUGCUAUUUAUGGCAUGUGGCUUGUAACUUUACUCCUGCUGUACUCUCUCCAAGAAGUACACAGUGAGGAUGUGGGCUCCACCAGGCUGUACUUUGUGAAUGCCUCCCUGCAGAGGGUAACCUACUCCAGCUCGGUGGGGGUGUCCCUGCCCUGUCCAGCAGGGGGCACCCCCAGUGCCAUACUGCGCUGGUACCUGGCCACCGGCGACGACAUCUACGACGUGCCCCACAUCCGCCACGUGCACGCCAAUGGCACCCUACAGCUGUACCCCUUCUCGCCCUCCGCCUACAACAGCUACAUCCACGACAACGACUACUUCUGCACAGCCGAAAACCAAGCCGGCAAGAUCCGCAGCCCCAACAUCCGCAUCAAAGCUGUUUUCAGGGAGCCCUACACUGUGCGGGUGGCGGACCAGCGUUCGAUGCGGGGCAACGUAGCUGUGUUCAAGUGCCUCAUCCCCGCCGCCGUGCAGGAGUACGUCAGCGUCGUGUCCUGGGAGAGAGACACUGUUUCCAUCGUACCAGGUAACAGGUUCUCGCUGACCUCCUUCGGGGCUCUUUACAUCUCUGAUGUUCAGAAGGAGGACGCCCUCUCCACGUACCGGUGCAUCACCAAACAUAAGUACAGCGGCGAGACGCGCCAAAGCAAUGGAGCGCGGCUCUCUGUAAUGGACCCCAACGAGUCCUCACCCACCAUCCUGGACAGUUUCCAAGCAGGGGAGGUGCAGGCAGGCCAGAGCAUCGAGCUCCCCUGCAUAGCGGGAGGGUACCCCAGCCCCACUGUGCGUUGGCUGAAAGAUGGUCGCCCAUUGCCCUCAGAUGCCCGCUGGACACGGCGUUUGACAGGGCUGACCAUCAGUGACCUGAGGCAGGAGGACAGCGGCAGCUACGCAUGCGAGGUCACCAACAGUUUUGGCUCAAAGGAGGUGUCUGGACAGCUUCACGUUAUAGAUCCACUUCGUGUGACCUUGUCCCCUAAGAAUCUGAAAACUGGCAUCAGCAGCACCCUGUUCUUCACCUGCACUGUGGAGGGCUCCCCAGAAUACACCAUCAACUGGUACAGCAACACGGAGCCCAUUGUCCCCGACCAGCACAUCUCCAUCCAGGGACAACACAACGACACCUUGCAGAUCACUGCAGCACAGAAGUUUCACUCUGGGGCUUACCAGUGCUUCGCCUCCCGAAAGGGCCACACUGCUCAGGACUUUUCCAUUAUUCUGCUCGAGGAUGGAACUCCUCGUAUUGUGUCUUCCUUCAGCGAGCGGGUGGUGAACCCCGGCGAGCCUUUCUCCCUCAUGUGUGCUGCCAAAGGAGCCCCGCCCCCCUCCAUCACCUGGACGCUGGACGACGAGCCCGUGGUGCGAGACUCCACCUACAAGACCAGCCAGUACACCCUGUCGGACGGCCUGACCGUGUCACACGUCAACGUCAGCAGCCCGCUCAUUCGAGAUGGGGGAGUGUAUCGUUGCGUCGCACGCAACUCGGCCGGUAGCGCCGAGUACCAAGCGCGCAUAAACGUAAGAGGUCCACCCCGAAUCAGACCCAUGCGGGACAUCACCGCAGUGGCGGGCAGGAACACCUACAUAACGUGCCGUGUGAUUGGCUACCCGUAUUACUCCAUCAAGUGGCUGAAGGACGGCAUGCAGCUGCCUGAUAAUCAUCGUCAAGUGGUGUUUGAGAACGGCACCCUGAGGCUGACGGACGUGCAGAAGGGCGCGGACGAGGGCACCUACUUGUGUAGCGUUCUGAUCCAGCCCCAGGUGUCAAUCAACCAGACCGUCCAUGUCACUGUAAAAGUGCCGCCGCUCAUCCAGCCCUUCGAUAUUCCCUCUACCUCAGUGGGGAAGCUCAUGUACAUUGCCUGCGUGGUGUCAUCUGGGGACAUGCCCAUACGCAUCACCUGGCACAAAGACGGCCAGCUCAUCGUGCCAGGCUCCGCCUCUGGCGUCGCAAUAGAGACCAAAGAGUUCAUGAGCUCCCUGCAAAUAUCCAAGGUGACACUGAAGCACAACGGAAACUACACCUGCAUCGCCAGCAACGCCGCCGCCACCGUCAGCUGGGAAAGACAGUUGAUUGUCACUGUGCCACCGCGUUUCGUGGUGCAGCCCAACAAUCAAGAUUGCAUCUAUGGCAAAGCUGGAGUUCUCAACUGCUCUGUGGAGGGUUAUCCACCUCCGAAAGUCAUGUGGAAACAUGCCAAGGGUGUAGGAAACCCUCAGCAGUACCAUCCAGUCCCUUUGACUGGCCGUAUCCAGAUCAUGUCAAACGGCUCUCUGCUCAUCCGACAUGUGCUUGAGGACGACCGCGGGUACUACCUCUGUCAGGCCUCUAACGGAGUGGGCUCAGACAUCAGUAAGAGCAUGAUCCUCACUGUCAAGAUUCCCGCCAUGAUCACCAGCCACCCCAACACCACCAUGGCGAGGAAGGGCCAGACCAAGGAGCUGAACUGCACAGCGCGGGGUGAGCAGCCCAUCAUCAUUCGCUGGGAGAGAGGAGACACCGUCAUCGACGCUGAAAGAAACCCCCGUUACUCGAUCACUAUCAACAAGAAGGGGGACGAAGUCAUCUCUACGCUUAAGCUGAACCCAGCCGAGCGAGGAGAUUCUGUCUUCUUCUCCUGCCACGCAAUCAACUCCUAUGGAGAGGGUCGAGGGCUCAUUCAACUCACUGUGCAAGAACCACCAGAUCCUCCUGAGCUGGAAGUGAGGGAGGUGAAGGACCGGAGCAUGAACCUGCGCUGGAUCCAAAGGUUCGAUGGAAACAGCAUCAUCACCAGCUAUGACAUCGAGUACAAGAACAAGUCAGACUCCUGGGAUCACAUGUACACAACCAGAAACAUCUCACCCACCAACAACCAGGCCAACAUUGUAGAGCUGCACCCAGCAUGCGUUUACAGCAUCCGCAUGUACUCCUACAACAAGAUAGGCCGCAGCCUUCCAAGUAAAGAGCUCACAAUCAGCACUGAGGAAGCACCGCCGGACGGGCCGCCGAUGGAUGUAAUCCUCCAACCGAUGACGUCUCAGAGCAUACGGGUUACAUGGAGGGCUCCUAAGAAGGAACUGCAGAAUGGUGUGAUCCGAGGCUACCAGAUCGGUUACAGAGAGAACGGUCCGGGCAGCAACGGCCAGUACAGCAUAGUGGAAAUGAAAGCUACAGGGGACAGUGAAGUGUACACCUUGGACAACCUAAAGAAGUUUGCCCAGUACGGGGUCGUGGUCCAGGCCUUCAACAGAGCAGGGACGGGCCCAUCCAGUACUGAGAUCAACGCUACCACGUUGGAAGAUGUGCCCAGUGAGCCUCCGCAGAACGUGCGAGCCAUCUCUGUGACGUCGGACGAGGCGGUGAUCACAUGGGCAGAGCCUCCACGGCUGACGCUGCACGGUGUGCUGAAAGGCUACCGGGUUGUGUUUUGGUCCCUCUUCCCCGACGGAGGUGGGUGCUGUGGGGGCCAGGCCCAUUGGCCAAUGCAGAAAUGGGGAGAGAUGCAAAAUAUCACCACCACACGUGAACAGGUGGAGCUGCGAGGGCUGGAGAAGUUCACCAACUACAGUGUUCAGGUGCUGGCCUACACGCAAGCUGGAGACGGGGUCCGCAGCAACGUCUUGUAUAUCCAAACCCGCGAGGACCUUCCUGGUCCACCGGCUGGCAUCAAGGCAGUUCCCUCCUCUCCAAGUAGUGUGGUCGUGUCCUGGUUGCCUCCUCACAAACCAAACGGUGUUAUUCGCAAGUACACCAUCUACUGCUCCAGUCCGGGGUCUGGGCAGCCGGCGCCCAGUGAGUACGAAGCCAACCCGGAGAUGCUAUUCUACCGUAUCACGCACCUCACCCGUGGCAAACAAUACCACAUCUGGGCUGCAGCCGUGACAACUGCCGGCAGAGGCAACAUCAGCUCAAAGGUCACAGUGGAGCCUGCUGGGAAAGUCCCGGCUAAGAUCCUGUCCUUUGGGGGCACGGUGACCACACCCUGGAUGAAGGAAGUGCGUCUGCCCUGCAGCUCAGUUGGAGAGCCGGCCCCCACAAUUAAAUGGACCAAAGACAGUGAGGACUCUGCCAUCCCGGUGACGGCUGACAGUCAACGGCAGAUCUUAUCCAACGGCACACUGGUGCUACGUUCAGUCAAAGCAGAGGAUUCUGGGUACUACACCUGUACAGCCACUAACACCCUGGGCUUUGACACCAUCAUAGUCAAUCUGGUGGUGCAAGUUCCCCCCGAUCAGCCUCGUCUGACCGUCUCCACUACCUCCACCUCCUCCAUCACCCUGGCUUGGAUCCCUGGGGACAAUGGGGGAAGCUCCAUCAGAGGAUUUGUGCUGCAGUAUUCUGUGGACAACACAGAGGAAUGGAGGGAUGUGUUCAUCAGCUCCAGUGAGCGCUCCUUCAGGCUGGACAACCUGCGCUGUGGAACCUGGUACAAGGUCAAGCUGGCUGCCAAGAACAGCGUGGGCUCAGGGCGCAUCAGCGAGAUCAUUGAGGCUAAGACACAUGGAAGAGAGCCAGUGUUCAAUAAGGAUCAGCCGCUGCUCACUCACAUCAACUCCACUCACGCGGGGCUCAACCUGCAGGGCUGGACCAGCGGUGGCUGCCCCAUCACCGACAUGAUGCUGGACUUCAGGCCCAAAGGUACCUGGGCCUGGCAGAGCCUCAAGGCCAACUCUACCACUCAGCUCUUCCUCAGUGAGCUGCGCGAGGCCACCUGGUAUGAGCUCAAAAUGAAGGCAUGCAACAGUGCUGGGUGUGGCAACCAGAGCUCCCAGUUUGCCACCACCGACUAUGACGGCAGUACAAUCCCUCCCAUUAAAUCAGCUCGUGGAGAAGGGGAUGAUGUGAAGAAGCUGUUCUCCAUCGGCUCUCCCGUCAUCCUGGUUACUCUGGGUGUUGCUCUGCUCUUCAUUAUCCGCAAGAAACGCAAGGAGAAGAGGCUUAAACGACUUAGAGAUGCUAAGAGCCUCGCUGAGAUGCUUAUCAGCAAGAACAAUCGCAGUAUUGACACUCCAGUGAAGGGCCCUCCUCAAGGACCAAGGCUCCACAUUGACAUCCCACGUGUUCAGUUACUCAUUGAGGACAAGGAAGGCAUCAAACAGAUAGGGGAGGACAAGGCAGCAGUGCCAGUGACAGACACGGAGUUCAGCCAGUCGGUGAAUCCGCAGAACUUCUGUACAGGCGUGUCUCUGCACCACCAAGCCCUUAUCCAGAACUCGGGGCCCUUGAUUGACAUGUCAGACAUCCGCCCAGGCACAAAUCCCGUGUCCAGGAAGAGUAUAAAAUCAGCCCACAGCUCCAGGAACAGAUAUUCCAGCCAGUGGACGCUGAGCCGCCCCAGUCAGAGCCAGUCGACGGCCUCGGCACGAACUCUGACCUCCGACUGGCGGACGAUGGGCUCGCAUGGCAUCACCGCCACUGAGAGCGACAGCUACAGCGCCAGCCUGUCGCAAGACACAGAUAAGGGUCGAAACAGCAUGGUGUCGACGGAGAGCGCCUCCUCCACUUAUGAGGAGCUGGCGAGGGCCUACGAGCACGCCAAGCUGGAGGAGCACCUGCAGCACGCCAAGUUCACUAUCACAGAGUGUUUCAUCUCCGAUAGUUCCUCUGACCAAAUGACCACAGGUACCAAUGACCCGGCAGACAGCAUGACCUCGCUCAGCACGCCGUCUGAACCAGGCAUCUGCCGCUUCACUGCCUCACCGCCCAAACCGCAGGACUAUGACCGCGGUAAAAAUGUGGCAGUGCCCAUUCCCCACCGCGCUAACAAAAGUGAAUUCUGCAACCUUCCCCUCUAUAUGAAGACAGACCCAUUCUUCCGCAAACAAGGGGAGCUGCAUGACCCGUGCCCAGCUGUGCCACCGCGGGAAGCCUCAAUCCGCAGCCUGACGCAGCGGGCGUAUCACACCCAGGGCCGUCACAAGACUCUAGACCCUGCCAAGCAGCAGGUCCUGACGCUGGGCCAUUCUGGGCUGGGCAGCUUGGGUGCGAGCUCAGGCACUGCCACCUUGCCCCAGAGGACUCUCACCAUGCCCAGCUCCAACACUGCAGCAACAGCUUCCACUUCCAGCACGAGCAGCAACCCCACCAACAGUAACAAGGUGGGGGGCUCCAGAGACUCGCUGCUAGAGAGCAGCUCCUCUGCACUGGGGAGACUGCAGAAACAGAGUGUGGGGGCCUACUCCAAGUCAUACACGCUGGUGUAGUCCGUUCUCUAGCACAGACUUGCAUUGCUGUCCCGCCCCUCAGCCAGCCCCACUCUGGUGCUCUUCAGUCUGGGCCAGAAAGGGCAUGCAACCAUCUUUCUUUAAACCCAACUAAUGGUGAGCUGCCCAGCGUUCUGUCUAAUUUUCCUCGGGAUAGGUGUUCUCCCAGACAGAGACCCAGCUAACCCUACUUUCCAUGUUCACCUGGGACUCUAUAAAAGAAUUACUAACUCCAACUAACAGUUCCAGCCGGCUGGUGCUCAGCUCCGCCCAGUUCUCGCGGGAGAAGCGCAGCAAAAACCCAGGAAGCGAUUCUGUGGUCAUUUGGAAAAUAUUGACUAUAAUUGAAGAGCUAAAAGCUCUGUGUUUAUGACGAUGAAGACUACGAUAGCCAGUAUGAAGCUGUGUGGCCAUCCUGUCUCUCAUACGCACACGCAUACUGUCCUCCAUAGUUUGAGUAUUAUUGUCAAUUUGCAGGACUUCCAGUUAAGUUCCCUAUUCUUACUGUAUCUUUCACCCUCUAUGUGUCUCUUAAAGCCCCAAAUAGCUAUUGGCAGAUUUUCUCUUAAUGAUGAUCCCAAACGAAAUGAUUCAGGUUCUCCUCCAAGAAGACUUCUAUCACAUUAAUCUCUUCCACACAUCUCUCUCCAGCUGAACAGUGUCUAACUUUUCAAACAAAUCAUGACAACCCAAAUGAACCAGCUAUAAGUUCUCACAUUACAAAUAGAGAAUAUUUGGUAUUAUAAAGAAUUUACAUAUAUAUUUCUAUGUAGGUAUAUUAUUGACAUCUAAGUGAAAUUAUGACAAAGUAUAAACUGUAUGUACUACGACAGUGUAGUAGUAUAUACAGCAAUUUAAUGUUAAUGUCAAAUUUAAGAAUGAGACAAUCGCUCAAUCAUGAAAUUUAAAAAAGAGAAAUUUAAAAAGGUUGGACUAAAGAAAGAAAAAGUUUAGUAUAUAUACGGGAUGUUCUGUAUGUUACUGUAUGUAGACCGACUUAGCGAAGAGUGUUUCGCUCCUGUAUGAACAGAGAGUGGCCCUUUCCAAAACCCAUGUUGAGAUGGGAGAAGCAAGAUAGGCUACUUAGUUUCAGUUUCAGUUCCUGAAAAAAGGCAGGCUGGGUGAGCAAAUGAAACCUCCCUGGUUUGAAUGCCUACUUUGCUGUGGGUGUUCAGUGGAAACAAUCAUGGCAGAAAGCCUCCUGUAAUAUUAUUUAAGUCUGCUCAUGAGACUAUAAGCUCUUUGACUCUAUUAGGCUUGUCGAGAGCCUGAGUGGUUGGUAAAUACAGUGACAUUAAAAAACCAAGUCAGUGUCACAGAGGAACAUUAAAUAAGUUUUAUGUUGGGAGGAGGGUCGGUGCGAAGCAGCUGCAGACUUGAAUUAUGAUACAGAAUUAAGGCUUCACUAACACAUCCUGCCAACUUCCCAGCCUGCCUCGGUGUCACCGGCCAAUCUUUGCUCUUCAAGGAAACAGAUAACUAGCUGAAGGAAUCCCAGUCUUGAUGUGAAUGAAGUAAAAUAAUAUAAUGUUGAGCGAUGUUAUAUGUCAGGGAGUUCAGUUUUGAAAAUUCAACCCAACUGCCAGAGAAAAAUGUUGGCACUGUAUGUUCCUGCAAACCACGGGUGCGUUUCAUUUGAUACAGUGAAACUUUAUGUUUCAACAACACAGUGGCUGAUGUGCGGUUACGUUUAGGCACAAACACCACUUGGUUAUGAUUAGGAAAAGAUUAUGAUUUGGCUUAAACUAACGCUUGUGGGGGCACGAUUCCUGCUAGACAAGCAGUGAUGUCACAAUGAAAAUCAACUGCCUUUAUUGCCACUAUCCCCGCUGGAAAAACAGUAACGGGUCGCCAAAAAACACCCACGUAGGAAACACAGCAAUGACUCACUAAAAAACAACCUGUCUGGUUGUUGGUGAGUCUCGAACAAUGGUCUGCAGCUUGGCAGGUGCCUCGCCUAUAGGUGACUCUCCAUCCGCUCCACCUCCAAGUGUCAAGGUCUGAUACGAUAUGUAUGAAACGUGCAAAUGUAAAGUAUUCGUGGUGUGCAGAAACGUACAACGUCAACAUUUUCUUCUGGCGAAUGGGCUGGAAAAUUAUAUAAUGUUCACUCAAUUGAUAUCUUUGUUGUUGCCCUGUCUGAAGUACUGUAUAUGUCCCGCUUUCUUUAUCUCAGUACCCCUCCAUUUUGCGAUAAUGUACAUUCACACAAGAACCUAUUGGAAUGUGUUUCUGAAGCAUCUCCAUGAUAGCGUUUUGUGGUUUAUAUUUAUCCAUUUGCUUUGUUUGUUUGUUUAGGGGAGGGGUUUCUGUUGGUCUUUUGAUUUUGAUUCAUAAUUUUAAACAUUUUAUUUUGUUUUGUUUUUUUUGUUUGUUUGUUUGUUUUGUUCCAGAGGCCAAACAGUACUGAGGUAUGUGGCCUGUGGCUAAAACCAGUUCAGCCAAGUGAAAUCAGGGACUCGUAGCUCUUUUGGUCACACAAACUGCUGUUGUGUAUAUACUGGACUGGAGUCGGUCUGUAAACCUGAAGCAGUCUGGCUCCCGUCCUUUGCCCCCAUUCAGAUAAAUUAAAGUAAAAUUCACCACCCUAAACAUACUAGACCCAUCAUCUCUCCCUUUGUCAGUGUUGUUUAUAGAUUAAGUCUUGUACAUAAAACACAGUUUUGUAUGAAGAGCUAUUUUCGUCAGAAUAAAUCAGGGGACACAUCAGGGUUGAAUGCCCCAAUUUCAAAAUUGAAAUAGUAUCAAAAAUAAAAUAUUUUACUUCUGAAAUGGGCAAAAAACAUUUUUCUUUCCCUUUAUGUUUUUGAUACUAAUUUGUUGAAUUUUUAUUCUUUUUUAAAGGUCUUUUGAUGUUGUCAUUUGUCCUACUUUACUUUUUUAUUAUCAUUAUUUUGUAUUUUGUUCAUCCUCAGAAAAUCAUUGCAUGCUUGCUAAAAGGGAAAAAUUGAAGGAAAAAAUGUAUGAAAAUCAAAAAGAAAACAAACAAAAAAAAAUGUUGAGGGUAUCCCAAACAUUUGUUUGAGUUGCUUGUUAUGGCAAUUGCUUGUGUUCAAAAGUACAUUUUCUAUGAAAAGAAAGCAAAAACUAAAAAGAUCAUUCUAACACCUUGUGCAAUAAAGCUAUCUUUCAUACGUCA